CCUUUUCCCUCCCCCAUCCCCGUCGCCAGAAAUCCGUCCCUCUCUUCCCUCCCUUCCUCUCCCUCUUCACUCUCCCUCUCUCCACCUGUCGACCUCGUUUCCUUUCGAUCGCACAGUCUUUUUCUUUUUAUUUAGACUCUCUCUACGCUCUCUUUUUGGGUUCUUUGCAUUGCCACCUCCCGGCUCCUCCUGCAAAGCCCCCUCCCACAUUCCUUUGAAGUAUCCCCGUCGUCUCGACGUCCUUCUCCCGGUUAACCCGUCACUCCUUAUCGGGUCCGACGCACUUUCAUUUGGCUCAACGCCGUCCAUUCCUUGCUUCGGCACCGCUUCGAUUCAGUUACCGUAUCGCUCUAGUCGAUCGAUAGCUACCAGCUAGCUAAUUCCUUUCGCACAACCGUUCUCUCCCUACCGCCGCUGCCUCUACUUUCAAACCUUCACCGCGUUGGAAGGCCCUCUGUCGUCCGCUCUUUUGGAUCGUCCACGCCCAUUGCAACGCGCCAGCCUCUCCCGACGCUCGCUCGCCGCAUCCUUCCGGCCUUACCCCCUUUUGCCCUCUUGUUCGUUUUGACUUUGAUAUUGACGACUUCUUUGACGACACCACGCUCGAUCCUACAUCCUCGUGCUGACCUCGGCGGGCCCAAAGACAGCCAGGCGCUACCUGAAACAAGCCCGCUGACCCUCCUCCAAGUCGCACCGAGCUCUCUUUCCUACCUAGACGACGGGUCUCCUUCGCAGUCAUGCAGGAGCCCAUCAUGGAGGAGUCCGUCGAAACACCGACCAGCAUGGGAACCCCAAUCCCCCCUCCCGGCGGUGCCACCGCAACCACCACCUCCUCCACCACCACCACCACCACCACUACCGCCUCUGCCAACAAUUCCCGACGACCGCCUCGCAAGAGCACCCUAACCCAGCAGCAAAAGAACCAGAAGCGCCAGCGAGCUACGCAGGAUCAAUUGCUGACUCUCGAAAGAGAGUUUAACAAGAACCCUACGCCCACUGCCCUGGUCAGGGAGAGAAUUGCAGAGGAGAUCAACAUGACCGAGCGGUCCGUUCAGAUUUGGUUUCAGAACAGGCGAGCCAAGAUAAAGAACAUCGCCAAGAAGAGCAUUGAGAACGGGGAGGAUUGCAACGAGAUUCCAGAGUCCAUGCGCCGCUAUCUCGCGCUUCAGGCCAUGGAAUCUGGCAAACCCUUGGCGUCCGGCCUCCUCUCACGAGGCGGCACCUUCGCCUAUGGUAGCGGCAUGCUCCUCAACACCGACUCCAGCUCAAGCAAAGUCGUGAUCCAUCACUUCUCAUGUCGUUCGCUCAGCAUUGGCACGUGGAGAAGAAUCGGCCAGAGUGCCAUGGAUCUUGUCAUCUUUUACUCGCCCGAGAAGUGCUGUGUCACGUACUACAUCAACAACGACUCGGCAGGCUACAAGAUUGAGUACCCGUUUGCAUACAUCAAGAACAUCACACUUGACAAUGGGGACCCAGCAACCAACGCAGAGGGCGCUGCGCAAAGACCUGGAGGACUCGUCGUUGAGCUUACUCGCCCACCAAACUUCUUCAUGGACUCGUCCGGAUCUGGUGGGUUUUACCAGUGUGGAGAUUUCACCGAGGAUCAACAGGCCUCUCACUGCUUGGUACACCACCUGGGCGGACAUCCGAAAAUCCUCAGCGGACAGCUCGCGAAGCUUGUUGCUCUAGAGUCCUUCCAGAACCGGCAUCACGUAUUCGACCCCAACGCCUUGGCCGUGUCUGCCCCGGUCUCUCCGAUCAACCACCGCCCGGCAUCUCAGCCGAACCACCAUGCUGCUCAGAAUCCGAUGGGCAUGUUCCACGACACGCCUUUUGGCGUCGGAGUCGGCCUCAAUGUGCCUCGCGGACACAAACGACAGAGAAGUCGUUCGGUCCCUGUCGCCAUCGAUUUCUCCAUGCUCCGGCAUCCUAUGCCAUCCUUUUUGGUUCCUGAGCCACCGGCUCAGCCAUACGUGCCUCAGCAUUCGGAAAUUGUCGCACCCGUUCCACAGUAUCAUAAUGGCCCGUCGCCUAUGGGUCCUACCCUGAGCAUUGACACUUCGGCUGGCUUCGGCAUGAACUUCAAUCAACAGUUCCACCCAAUGUCUGCCACGACAGCGCCCUCUCCGUCAGACUUUGGCACACCGGGCUUUUUCACGUCUGGCCCCGCCCCGGAAAAUAUACCCGCGUCGAACAUGGCCACCUCCUUCAACCCGCAAUUCAUGUCCCCAAUGCCACCAGAUGCCAACCUGCACGCGCAAGCUCCAUCUCCUAUGCACAGCAUGGGCUCGGCAGACCCCGUGAUCGCCAACCAAUCGCCCCCUUUGAACUCCAUGGGUCGAAGUGCUUCAGCGGAUAUCUAUCACCUACCUCAGGACAGCGCCAUACUGGAUGACGGCAUGUUCUUGGACAUGUCAUCCAAGCAGCCAAUGACAUUACCUUUCCGGAAUUCAAUGCACGAUGAUCAGCAGCAACCGGGCUUGGACAUGAACCCCAUGGUGGGCUACAGCACCGUCGAUCCUUCGUCAUUGGCUCCUCACCCAAUGUAAAUACGCUGCAGCGCUUUUCCUUGAACGCAGCUGUCUCUCGACAAAAUGCCAGACCGUCAAAUAGUCGCCAUUUCCAGCACACCGUACACGAGAAAAUAAAAACAAGGUUCGAAAGCUCGAUACCAGGGACGCCCAAUAGGCGGGCAAACCUGAUAAUAUCUCUUCUCCAUUUUUUUUGUCAAACAUUCGCGAAUCUCUUCAUCUGAUGCAAAACUGCUACGACUUAUCUGAUCUGAGAGGGGGGACGGUUCCUAAGGGCGCAUAAAGGCGUUAAUAAUCUUUUGAUUGCAAAUGCUGAGCAGCAAGAUGUUUACAGAUCGUCACGGCCGGGUUUGGGACAAAGGGAAGAACAACAGCGCACGCAAGAUCGAGCGAUAUUUGGAUUUCCUCGAAGGUUUUGGUCGAGCGCGGCUGGAAGUCUGCGAUCACAAAACAUUUUGCGGCAUGGAGGCUUCCUUGCGUGCAAUUUUGGAUUUGUUUGCGCAUGGUGCUCUCUGGUGAUGAAAGCUGAGGGCAACCACGCUUGAGCUAGAGUUGUAUCUGAUUUUUUUUGUCCUUUUUGGUUAUCUAGUUUUCUUUAGCUUUUGUGUGUGUCUUCUGUGUGUGUCUGUGUGUGUGUGAGUGUAGUCAGCGACUCCCCCUAUUUUCACCGUAUUGGGCUGGGCAUUUGUGCAGUUCUGGUUUUCCGAAAUAUAUAUAUCUCGAUACGACAGCACUGUUCAAUAUACAUUAUUUUCCUUUUUUUGCAUA